AUGGCCGCAGACGACCCCGACGCGAGUUUUGAUCAGGAAAGUCUCCCAGACUAUUUCUCAGAGGAUAAUUCAAAUGCCCCUUCAACCAAAAUUCCUCCAAAGCCGCCAGCAAACGACGUCGCAUCGGAUAUCCCAUCCGAUGUGCAUUCUGAGGAAUGGGAUGUCAGACGGAUUAUCGGAGAAAAGUGGGUCGAUGGUAUCAAGUACUAUGCCUUCGACUGGAAGCCGACUUGGGUGCCUGAACAUGACGCUGAGAAUGCUGAGGAGUUGAUUCAAGAAUGGCAGGAGUGGAAGGCUAAAGUUCAAACGAAGAUGGAUGAGAGCUCUCAAGACAGAGCCAGGAAACGUAGCGUGCCUCAAAGAACCCAAUCUCGAAACAAGCGGGCUAUGCUUGAGCAUGGUGGGGGAGAGUCCAUUAGAGCCACUAUCAAGUACAAAGAUCGACAGUCGGAGGUGUAG